AUGCCCCGGGGCGCGGCGCCGCACGUCGCGAGCGCGGACUACAACUCCCGUGGCGCAGCGCGCGGCGUGGCGCGGGCGCAGGCGCGGCGGGGCACCCCGGAAGCGGCCGGAGAGGCGGAGCGGCCGCGCCCGGCACUGCCCGGCCCCGGGCGGCCCCGGCGGCGGCCGUGCCAUGCGGCGCUGAUGGAGCCCAACGCCUUCCCGCAGCUGCAGCUGUGGUGCCCGCGCCCCUUCGGCACCUUCUCCCAGAACAAACCAUGCGCCACCGCCGCCGCCACCACCGCCACCACCGCCACCGCCGCAGCCCCCCGCAAACCCCCCCUGGGCGGGCGCCCCUCGGAGAACACCCCCCCCCCGGAGCCCCCCGAGCCCGGCGCGGCGCCGGCGCCCGCGGCCGAGGACGGCCGGGUGCUGCUGGACACUUGGUACGUCAUCAAGCCGGGCAACACCAAGGAGAAGGUGGCGUUCUUCGUGGCGCAUCAGUGCGGUGGCACCGGUGGCGUCACCGGCGGUGGUGGUGGCACCGGCCGCGCCAGCACCAUGAAGGUCAAAGGCAACUGGGGCAGCGACAGCUCCAAGGCCAAGCGGCGCCGGCGCUGCCACGACCCCAAAGCCAGCGUCGGUGACACCCCCAAGGACGCUCCCACCGGUGACACGGACGGCGCCGGCGACGCGCCGGACCUGCUGUCGGUGGCGGAGAUGGUGGCGCUGGUGGAGCGGCGCGCGGCGCUGGCCCUGCAGAGCCUGCCCCGGCCGCCCUGCGACGCCCCGGCCCCGCUGGUGCUGCUGGAGGCGCCGGGCGGCCCCGAGUGCCGGCGAGUGGCCGCGGCGGUGGCGCAGUUCGAGUCGCAGCAGCAGCGCGGUGGUGGCGGUGGUGGCGGCCGGCCCAACGGGUUGUGCCGAGGUGGACACGACGGCGGCACCGAGCGCGCCGCAACGGCGACGGCGGCGACAACACCGGGCGAGGUGAGGAUCGCCUUCCGCAUCUCCAGCGGGUGCGACCAUCCCCGCGCGGCCACCGCGGCGGCGGCCACCGCCAGCGCCGUCCCCGAGCGGCCGCGCGCGCUGGGCGCCAAGGACCAGAUCACCUGCGACCUGUACCGGCUGGUCAGCCCGGCGCGGGCCGGCGUGGAGCUGCUGCUGGCCACCUCAGGGGACAAGGACGGCGGUGACGAGGUGACCGCAGCGCCGGAACCCAACGCCGGCGCGGCCGAAGGUCCGGCAGCGUCGUCAUCAUCGUCCUGCACGUCCGGCUUCCACGUGGACGUGGUGGUGACGGGCGUGGUGGACCAGUGCGUGUUCUUCGGCAAGGACAGCGCCAAGCAGGUGACCGAGGAGACGGUGCGGCUGCCGGACGAGCCACCACCGCCUGGACAGCUCUUUUUACUGCCCGGCCGGCCCGAGGAGCCGGCGGCCGCCGCGGCCGCGCCGGGCGGCCGGGAGUCACCGGGCGACCCGGCGCUGUGCCGGCUGUACCGUCACGUUUCUCACGACUUCCUGGAGAUCCGCUUCAAGAUCCAGCGCCUGCUGGAGCCGCGGCAGUACAUGCUGCUGCUGCCCGAGCACGUCAUGGUGAAGAUCUUCAGCUACCUGCCCACGCAGGCGCUGGCCGCCCUCAAGUGCUCGUGCCACUACUUCAAGUCGAUCAUCGAGACGUUCGGCGUGCAGGCCACGGACUCGCGGUGGAACCGGGACCCGCUGUACCGCGACGACCCCUGCAAGCAGUGCAAGAAGCGCUACGAGCGCGGGGACGUGUCGCUGUGCCGCUGGCACCCCAAGCCCUACCACCACGACCUGCCCUACGGCCGCUCCUACUGGAUGUGCUGCCGCCGGCCGGACCGGGACGCGCCGGGCUGCCGGACGGGGCUGCACGACAACAACUGGGUGCACCCGGCCGGCCGCAGGGAGGACGGCAGGUGAAGGAUGGACGGAUGGACACACGGAUGGACACGCGGACGGCGCGGGGUGGGAAGGGAUGGGGUCGUGGAAGGAAGGAUGGAAGGA